CGUAGCAGUGGGAGGAGCCUGGGCAACAACCGUAUCUUCCAUGUCAUUCAAUGAUGGUCGGUGUAGAGUCGUGCUUACUCCAUUGGCCUGCUUCAGACGGUACAUGCACUAACUGUCGAUCAUGUUGUAGCCAAAAUACAGCUGUUUAGCCCUGUUUGUUCUACUACAUGUCAACAGUUUGAUCUAAAAGUGUCAAUUAGCAGCACUUUCACAUUGCCCACUUUCGCAUUUUUGUGUAGCAAAGAUGGAUCCUCAUGCGGAUACUUUCUCGUGAUGUGACACCAUGUCCUACUCGCAGUUUGGAUACUCUUAUCCACCUUCCAGCCAGCUGAUGGUUGGAAGCCAAGCGGGCAGCAGUCCUGGCACCUGCUGUGAACCCACUACCGCGUCUGAAGGCCUGGCCACCACUUACGAUCCGUGCAUCCUGUCUACCUAUGGACCACGAUUCUACCCUGCUACUUCGUACCCGGCUGAAGCUGCACCUUCUACAAUAUACCCCUCCUUCAAUUCUUACAGCGUCAAAGAUGGCGGCGAUCCAUGGAGAGGACUGCCUCCUACUUCUUACUACUACGCUGAUCCUACGCUAUCGGCAUACGGGUAUGGAGGCUUAGAUCUGAAUAGUGCACGCAGGAAAAAUGUCACCAGGGACUCUACGACGACCCUGAAGGCCUGGUUGAACGAGCACAGGAAGAACCCUUACCCCACCAAAGGGGAGAAGAUCAUGCUGGCCAUCAUCACCAAAAUGACGUUGACUCAGGUGUCCACGUGGUUCGCCAAUGCAAGAAGGAGGUUGAAGAAGGAGAACAAGAUGACGUGGGAGCCCCGAAAUAAAAUAGACCAAGAGGACGACAGUCAGUCUGCAGAUCUUAACGAUACGGACAGAAGAAACGAUGGCAUUGGCGCCGCACAAACCUACCCUCCAGAAGAAGAGAUCAGCCCCUACGCCCACCAGGACCAGGAGAGACCCAUUUAUCCCACAAGUUGCGAACCAAUCGCCGAAUUGACUCCACCAACGUCGACAGAGGCCCACUCUCCAGAUAUCGAAGCCCUCAUGUCGCCCCCAGACAGCAAAGAAGCGGUUGUAGACCAGUCGAAACCGAAAAUCUGGUCGCUGGCCGACACUGCAACGAGCAAAAGCCCACCACCCGUUCAGGGACCCGAACCGUGUUCCUGGUACUCGGCACCAACUUCUCAUCCCUCUCCACCCUACAAUCCACCGAAUUAUAUGGGCACUUACGCAACGGCUGCGCUACCCACCGACACUCCACCUCAAACACCACCCAACAUGAAAGUGUCUUCGUUGCAUCUGUCACCUCCCAACUACCACACUUCGCUGACUUACUUCGGUAACGCCACAGGAAUGUGUGCUGCCAACAUUCCAUCUCACGUGCAUGAGGACAAACUGGUACCCUGCCCGGGUCACGUCACCGAAGUCAACCUGCCGACGGCGGACUAUCGACCGGAUUAUCCAACAGACGAUUACAGUUUGCACUAUCGACCCGUGCACUAAUCCAACUAACCUCUUUGACAGCAUAGAAGCCCAUUAAAUACCAGCAGAAAUGGCAGAAAAGGAGUAAGGUUUCAGGACCAAAAAAAUAAAAAAAAAUAAAAAAUCACCCCCCUCUAUUGAAAUAACGAUGGGAAAGAGUGGGGGACGAAGAUGAUUCUAAUCACAUACACACCCCCGAUACCCCCGAAAAGAGCACUAAUUUAAGAAAAUAAAAUAAAA